AUGCCACUCCUCCUCCUCUUUAGCAUCUUCACCUUCAUCCUCAGCACCUUCGCCACAAACAACAACACGACCGCCACCUCAAAUCCCACCCGUACCAUCUCCAUCUCCGCCGGCUUCUCCGCCCGCGUCCCCGUCUCCCUCGUCUCAGCCCCCAUCUGCGGCCCCACAACCCUCGCAGUCGACAUCUGCGACGUGCAAAUCUGCACAACCGUAAACGGCACCCGCUUCCCCAGUGGUCUCGCCCAUGUAACGCUCUCCACCUCCCUCUACCACCUCCACUUCGACUUGAUCGCCACCAGCGAUACUGCAACUUGGACGAUUUCAGGGAGCAGUACGUGCUCGUUGCAUGGAGUGCCAAGCACCAUCACCUCGAAGGUGUGCACAGGCAGGGUGUCGGCUUGGAUCCCGGAUGUGACGACCGUGUCGUACGCUGCGAAUGCCACGACGACUACGGACCUUGAAAAACUGGGGAUGGGACAGGUCUUGGUUACUGGUGGUCUUGAAAAGCUACCUGCGCCAUCUGCGUCUUGCGUGACGGGAGCAACGGCUUCGGGAACGUCGUCUGGUAUGGCACUCGGCUCUGCUGUUGUUGAGGUUGUGAAGGUGUUAAUGCCGGCUGGGGCUGUCGGGAUCGUGGGGGCUGGGUUGUUGUUGUAA